CACGAGUUACGUCGUCGUGCUMACAACCAAACCAACCCACGGCUGUCUGUCACAAUUCUUAUUUURCAACGCCAAGAACUGAGAAGAUGAUACUUGACGUUGACGACAGCAGCAUCACAUCUACUAUCAGUAGAAGUGGGCCGGUGGAAUUCGCCGACACCAGCACGAGGAGCGAACGCAGCGGACGGCACGUUUCCUUCAACACCAUGGCCGAGGUCUGUCUCCUGGAACMUCCACCGUCGAACGACGAGGAGAGCACGGGCAYGGAUUCGUCGGAAUUGUGGUGGACGUCCAACGAUUACGAAAACAACAAACGGAAGCACAAGUCAUUGGCGAGGCGUAUGUUGUCUUCGUCUCUCUCCGCUCUGCCCGACCCGAACGAUGUCGACGAAGACGCCGAUGGCUCGUACCGCGGACUAGAACGGCUUCUUGACGGAGGAUACUGCAAGGCCCGCAUGCGUCGCGUCAUUCGUGUCGUUCGCGGGGAACAGGCGAGGCACUUUCUAGACGGCGUAGAGGGAGAGGCCUCGGACCUCGCUAUUGCCCAGGUGUACGGUGCCCUGUGCGUAAAGAGCGUGAACCAGGCCAAGCGCCUGGGCCGAUUCGAUGCGAUGGAGGCCAGGAAAGCCCUCGAGGACAACUGGGAGGACGACGAUGCCACCGCAUCGACGAGCACGAGUGCUUCAGUCGAAGAUUCCUCGGCUUCCUUGCUGCUGGAGGAGUCGGAGGAAUCACCCGCGAUUGACUGCGAUCGCGGCCAAGUAGAAGAACCCAUCAACAACGAGAACGACAAUGCUACUCCAAUUGUAGCAGUCAACAGUAAAACAAAGGGCAAACUGUGGUCAGGACGCCUAUCACUUCGAACGAAUUACAAAUUUUCCAUGUCAAAUGUAAUGAAUCGACGCCCCCAUGCUUGGAUAUAACGACGCAGUGCAGUGCAACGCAAUACAAUACAAUACAUUUCUAUAUACAGCAUCACCGGUAUUGAUCGGUGAAGUACGCUACGAGCUAGCUAGCAGCGCAUAAAAAGACCUAUUAACA